AAAGCCUGAAAAAGCACAGAAAGAAAAAGAAGCAGAAAGUUGGUGGAGUUAAUGUCAUUGUUCACAUUGAUGAGAGCAAGUUCUGCCAUAAACGCAAGUAUGGAAGAGGACGCUUUGGUAACACCUGGAAGAGAAAGCGAACAUGGGUUUUUGGUAUACUUGAAAUCAAAGCUGCAAGCAGACGUCCAAUUCUUCGACUUGUGAAGAGAAGAAACAAGGAGACCCUUGUUCCAAUCAUCAAAAAACAUGUCAAAAGAGAAAGUCUUGUAGUGAGUGAUGAGUGGAGAGCGUAUGCCUGCCUUUCCCAGGAGGGCUACAAACAUGUGAGAGUCAACCACAGCCAGAAUUAUGUAGAUCCACAAACAGGACUACACACUCAAAACAUUGAGAGAGCGUGGCAGACAUAUAAGAGGGAAAUUUGGCGUAUGCGGGGGAAUCGGUCUGAGAACGUCUUAAAAAAACAGCUCUGCUUCAUUGAGUGGACUUACUGGUUAGCCAGAAGACAUAAACAUGGUGUACUUGGACGACUUCUCAAGGACAUAAGGAAUGAUGGGAACAUUGAGAUAAUAACCACUGGAGAUGAGGGGCCACCGGCCAUGAUGGUGGACACCAGCACUGACACUAGCACUGAUUCAAGCUCUGACUCCAGCACUGACUCCAGCUCCAGCUCUACCUCUGACUCUUCAGAUAAGGAAAAGAAGAAAAAGGAGUAUAAAAAAAAGAAUGGCAAGAAGAGAAGCAAAAAAAGAAAGAAGGAAAACAAAAAGGCAAAGAGGUCAGGCGGAAAAGGAGAGCGAGUUGCCUCAAUCUCGGAUGUGGUGAAAAGAUAUCGGCGUGUCCUCAAACAUGUGCAAAGAGGCUUCAGGAUGACCACAGCUUUCAAGAAAGCUCGCGUUUCAAGAAAUGCCGUGAAAGACACGGCAGCAAUUGCAGAGAUUUACAUAGCUGACAAAAGUCUCCUAAGCCAGUUCAAGGGUAAAUACACACUUCUGAAACUAGCGCAAAUUUGUCAGAAAAAAAUAGUUGGUGAGCUGGCAGAAAAGAUAAUUGAAAUGAAAAACAACAAACAGCUCAUCCCCUUUUCUGCCAAGAAAGCCUGAAUGUAUGCAGGAUGUAACAGGAUGUUAGCAGGAUAUUUUUGUUUGUUUGUAAGAUUGUUAAACAGGCAAGUUUUAUUUUUUCAUAAUGUGAAAUGUUGGUGUGCUGAUGGUGAAGUUGCGUGACCCCUAUACGGUGACAUGGUGCUGCCAGUGCAGCAUGUUUAUUUUAUUGUUUUUCUUUUUGUUUUAUGAUCUGAUACCCUGGUGAACAAUGGGUUUGUGUUAACAUAUUGUUAAUAAAACAACGUUCUCUCA